CCCCCGCCAGGCGUGUAUAUGUCGAGUGUGUUGCGGCCCGUGCAGGUUGCGCGCCCUCGGCCUUGUCGCCUGCUGCCCUCGAGGCUCGGCCGUUGCCUCAACGCCCCGCUUGGCCCCGCCGGGCGUCGUCGGGCCAACAUGGGCCAGGAAGAGGAGCUGCUGAAGAUCGCCAAAAAGCUGGAGAAGAUGGUGGCCAGAAAGAGCACGGAAGGAGCCCUGGACCUUCUGAAGAAGCUGAGUGGCUACCGGAUGUCCGUGCAACUACUGCAGACCACCAGGAUCGGAGUCGCUGUGAAUGGGGUCCGAAAGCACUGCUCAGACAAAGAGGUGGUGUCCCUGGCCAAGGUUCUCAUCAAGAACUGGAAGCGGCUGCUCGACUCUCCAGGAACUCCUAAGGGAAAAAAAGGAGAGGAAGGAGGAAAAACAAGAAAGGAAGAAAAAGGUCCCGAAGGUGCAGACUGGAAACCAGAAACAGGCCUCUCUCCAUCAAAGAAAAGUCAAGGGAAAGAGUCCAAAUGCAGGAAAGACUCUGCGGACUCCAGGUCUUCUACCUCCUCAUCUCCAAAAAGGCCCUCAGUGGACAGAUCAAACAGCAGCAAGUCCAAAGCCGAGACCCCCAAGACGCCCAGCAGCCCCGGCACUCCCACGUUUGCUCCCUCCGUCUGCCUCCUGGCCCCCUGCUAUCUCACGGGCGAUUCCAUCCGGGACAAGUGCGUGGAGAUGCUCUCUGCAGCCCUGCAAGCAGAAGAUGAUUACAAGGGCUAUGGAGUCAACUGUGACAAGAUGGCCUCGGAAAUCGAAGAUCAUAUCUACCAGGAGCUUAAGGGCACAGACAUGAAGUACCGGAACCGCGUACGCAGCCGGAUCAGCAACCUCAAGGACCCCAGGAACCCCAGCCUGAGGCGGAACGUGCUCAGUGGGGCCAUCUCUGCUGCGCUCAUUGCCAAAAUGACGGCAGAGGAAAUGGCCAGUGACGAGCUGAGGGAAUUGAGGAAUGCCAUGACCCAGGAGGCGAUCCGUGAGCACCAGAUGGCCAAGACGGGCGGCACCACUACCGACCUCUUCCAGUGCAGCAAAUGCAAGAAGAAGAACUGUACCUAUAACCAGGUGCAGACCCGAAGCGCUGAUGAGCCCAUGACAACCUUUGUCCUGUGCAAUGAGUGUGGCUAUCGCUGGAAGUUUUGCUGAUGGGACCACCACCAUCAGGACCACCCGCCGCAAGCAGAAGGAGGGAGAGAAGAGAGAAGCAGUCCCUGCUGUCAGAUUGGAAGACAAGAUGCCAACUCAGAAGAGAAAGGCCAAGGCUUUUCGUCAGUGGUCAGCUAUCAGCUACGUGUGGCUGAUGGGGAGAUGCCAAGCGUCUGUGUAGCUCAACCUCCAGAGCCUCAGAGAUCAAGUGUCUCAUCUUUGACAAUGGGCUCAACAACCUCUGCUUACGGGGCCUCUGAUAUCUCCCAGCCUUUUCUGAAAUGAGAGACACCAGACUGACAUAACUGCACUUGGAAAUGGUGGGCAGGUGGGUGAUGGGCAGUCCUGCAGGAAGUUCAUGGAAGUGAGUUAUGAAAAACCCAUGCAUGGAUUUCAAAACAUUUUGUACCAAAUAAACUUCUCUUUUG